GAGAGAGAGUGUGUUGAAUACUUGAAUGUGUGUAUUCUCUGAGAGAUUCAUCAGAUCCUAGCCCAGGAAAAAGCAAAAGCAAAAGCAGAUAAAAGCAGAAACUUCACCCCACUCACCAUUCUCUCCUCUCCUCUCCUCUCUUCUCUUCAUUUCUCUCUUUCUUCAUCUUCUUGUUCUUAUCUAUUCCAUUCUUUUUACUCUCGAAAAACAAACACUAUAAAGAAGAAAAAAGAAGAGUAAGUGUUUGUUCCGCCGCUUUGAUCCUUUCAUGUAAGCCACGAAGCUAGGGGUUCAAGCUCACAGAUCUGAAGCUUUAAAAAAGCUCUUGUAAGGUUUCCAGAAACCUUUAGAAUUCAAAACAAUACAACUCUUCGGUUUUCUAACGCAACUGUUCGAGUUCCAUUUGAACUUUUAGAAUUUGGGUCUCUCUCGUUCCGUAAAACAUGAUGCAGAGACCACCACCAGAAGAUUUUUCUUUGAAAGAGACCAAUCCCCAUUUGGGUGGGGGUAAGCUCACCGGCGACAAGCUCACCAGCACCUAUGACCUUGUUGAACAGAUGCAGUAUCUUUAUGUCCGGGUUGUCAAGGCCAAGGACUUACCUGCAAAAGAUGUCACUGGUAGUUGUGACCCUUAUGUUGAAGUUAAGCUUGGCAAUUAUAAGGGUACAACUCGGCAUUUUGAGAAGAAAUCAAAUCCUGAGUGGAACCAGGUGUUUGCCUUCUCGAAGGAUCGGAUUCAGGCAUCUACGCUUGACGUUAUUGUGAAGGAUAAGGACUUUGUGAAGGAUGAUUUUAUGGGUAAAGUUUCUUUUGAUUUGAAUGAGAUUCCAAAGCGGGUUCCCCCGGAUAGUCCUUUGGCUCCACAGUGGUAUAGGUUGGAGGAUAGGAGGGGGGAUAAAGUCAAGGGAGAAUUAAUGUUGGCUGUCUGGAUGGGUACUCAAGCAGAUGAGGCAUUUCCUGAGGCAUGGCAUUCGGAUGCAGCCACUGUAAGUGGCAUGGAUGGUCUAGCGAAUAUCCGGUCGAAGGUGUAUCUCUCUCCCAAGCUUUGGUAUUUGAGGGUUAAUGUGAUUGAAGCUCAGGACCUGCAACCCACUGACAAGGGUAGGUACCCGGAUGUUUUCGUGAAGGCCGUACUUGGAAAUCAGGCUUUGAGAACUAGAAGUUCUGCAAGCAGGACUAUUAAUCCUAUGUGGAAUGAAGAUCUGAUGUUUGUUGCUGCAGAACCGUUUGAGGAGCACUUGGUUUUGAGUGUGGAAGAUAGAGUUGCACCCAACAAGGAUGAGAUUUUGGGAAGGUGUGUGAUUCCUCUGCAUCAUGUGGACAGGAGGCUUGAUCAUAAACCGGUGAACACUAGGUGGUUUAAUCUUGAAAAGCAUGUGAUUGUGGAAGGGGAGAAGAAGAAGGAGACAAAGUUUGCUAGCAGGAUUCACAUGAGGAUCUGCUUGGAAGGUGGUUACCAUGUGCUGGAUGAAUCAACACACUACAGUAGUGAUCUUAGACCAACAGCAAAACAGUUAUGGAAGUCCAGCAUAGGGGUACUAGAAGUGGGAAUUUUGAAUGCUCAAGGUUUGAUGCCAAUGAAGACUAAAGAUGGGCGGGGAACUACAGAUGCUUAUUGUGUGGCGAAGUAUGGGCAGAAAUGGGUUCGAACCAGAACAAUCAUAGAUAGCUUUACUCCCAAGUGGAAUGAGCAAUACACAUGGGAAGUUUUCGAUCCUUGUACUGUUAUAACAAUUGGGGUGUUUGAUAAUUGCCACUUGCAUGGUGGAGAUAAAUCUGUAGGGUCAAAGGAUGCAAAAAUUGGAAAGGUAAGGAUUCGUCUCUCUACGCUUGAAACAGAUCGUGUUUAUACUCACUCGUAUCCGCUUCUGGUUCUAUAUCCAAAUGGUGUCAAGAAGAUGGGUGAAAUUCAUUUGGCUGUGAGAUUCACGUGCUCGUCAUUGCUUAACAUGAUGCACAUGUACUCACAACCAUUGUUGCCGAAGAUGCACUAUCUGCAUCCAUUAACUGUUAGCCAACUGGAUAACUUGAGGCAUCAGGCCACUCAGAUUGUGUCCAUGAGGCUUAGCCGAGCUGAGCCACCAUUGAGGAAAGAGGUUGUGGAGUUUAUGCUGGACGUGGGUUCUCACAUGUGGAGCAUGAGAAGAAGCAAAGCUAAUUUUUUCAGGAUUAUGGGAGUAUUGAGUGGGUUAAUUGCUGUGGGAAAAUGGUUUGAUCAGAUCUGCAACUGGAAAAACCCCAUUACAACAGUGUUGAUUCACAUCUUGUUUAUCAUACUGGUGCUAUACCCAGAGCUUAUUUUGCCCACAAUUUUCCUCUACCUAUUCUUGAUUGGAGUUUGGUAUUAUAGGUGGAGGCCAAGGCAUCCUCCUCACAUGGACACCCGUCUCUCUCAUGCGGAUUCUGCCCAUCCCGAUGAACUGGAUGAAGAAUUUGAUACAUUUCCAACCUCUAGGCCUUCUGAUAUUGUAAGGAUGAGAUAUGAUCGGUUGAGAAGUAUUGCUGGGAGAAUUCAGACUGUGGUUGGUGAUUUGGCUACGCAAGGGGAGAGACUGCAAUCUUUGUUGAGCUGGAGAGACCCGAGAGCCACUGCUCUGUUUGUGAUUUUUUGUUUGAUUGCUGCCAUUGUUCUUUAUGUUACACCAUUCCAAGUUGUGGCCCUUCUAACAGGAUUCUAUGUGUUAAGACAUCCAAGGUUCCGUCAUAAGCUUCCUUCUGUGCCACUCAAUUUCUUCAGGAGGUUGCCAGCGCGAACAGAUUGCAUGCUAUGAGGAAGGCCGGAUACAUUUGCAGCUGCAUUUUAGAUGCGUAUGACAUUUAGUUUUCUUCUUUAUUGUCAAGUCAGUGAAGAUUUGCAGAAAGAAAAGGAGUCUGUUUACUUCCUAAGUUAUGCGGUGGAUGUUGAGUUCUGAUUCUGGUUUUAUGUAACCUUUCCCUGAAGGUAGUAGAUUUUGUGGAUUUGUGGUUCUUCUAUAUCAUCUAUAGGAUUUAUGUUUGAAACUUGAGUCUAUGGUAAUCAAUUAAUGUCAAAUUUGUAA